AUGUCAGAAGUGUUCACGGAAGAACGGUAUAUCCGGGAUAUCGCCACGUUUGCGAAUAGUUCGAAAGGAGAUGUGUGGACAUUGAACAAAACUCCCUUCGGAAUCACGGCGAAACAGUCUGCAAUAUGUCGUUUCGACGAUCAAAUCAUCAAUCGACAAGCUCAAUUUCAGUACAAUCGGAAGUUGGCCAGAUUGGAAUUGUGGUUCAUGUUCUAUUGUAGGAACAGCGGCCGUCCUCUCCGAAUUCGCGAGAUUGCCGAAAUACUAGGCACGAAGCCAGAGGAAAACGACGCUAUUGUGAUCGAGUUGUCCACACAUCCGACACUACGAAUUCCCUACUACAAGUUGUACAAGAAUCCGGAUGAUUCUGGAGAUGCGAUUGGAAUCGUGCCGCCGGGAGAGAAUUAUGUGGAGAGAUGGAUCUCCGCAUUUGGUGCCGAAGCAGGUCUGGCACCCAACCUUCCCAAAGGAUCGUACUCCGAAUGCAACUCUUCUUGCAAUCAAUCCACCACAAGCACCGAGGAUUCUUAG